UGCCGCCGCCGCCGCCGCGCCGGCCCGGCCCACGGUGAGCCUCCCGGAGCCCGCCCUGCGCGCCGCGGCGGCGAUGACCGGGGAGAAGAUCCGCUCCCUGCGGAGGGACCACAAGCCCAGCAAAGAGGACGGGGACGUGCUGGAGCCCUGCGAGGAGGAGGCGACGGCCGCGCUCGGCGGCGCCUUCACCGGGGGCAGAAGCGGAGCGGGCGGCGGCAAGGGCGGCAAGGCCGGCCAUAAGAUCUUCAGCCACCACCACCACCACCACCGGCUGCAGCUGAAGGCGCCCGCCGCGCCCGGCCCCGGCGCCCCGGCCCCGCCGCAGCACAACGCGCUGCCCGCCGCCUGCCCGACCCCGGCCUGCCUGGGCGGCGACCCCGCGGCUGUGGUCGCAGACGGAGGCGGCUGCCCCUCGCUCUACCCGGUGCACGAGUGCGUCUUCAAGGGGGACGUGAGGAGACUGUCCUCGCUCAUCCGCACGCACAAUAUCGGACAGAAGGAUAAUCACGAAUGUGCACAUUUACUGUUGGCUCACAAUGCUCCAGUAAAGGUGAAAAAUGCUCAGGGAUGGAGCCCUCUGGCUGAAGCCAUCAGCUAUGGAGACAGACAGAUGAUUACAGCUCUUCUAAGGAAACUCAAGCAGCAGUCCAGGGAGAGUGUUGGAGAGAAACGACCUCGGUUAUUAAAAGCCCUGAAAGAGUUAGGUGACUUUUACCUAGAACUUCACUGGGAUUUUCAAAGCUGGGUGCCUUUGCUUUCCCGAAUUCUGCCUUCUGAUGCCUGUAAAAUAUACAAGCAAGGUAUCAACAUCAGGCUUGACACAACUCUCAUAGACUUUACUGACAUGAAGUGCCAACGAGGGGAUCUAAGCUUCAUCUUUAAUGGGGAUGCUGCCCCCUCUGAGUCCUUUGUAGUGUUAGACAACGAACAAAAGGUUUAUCAGCGAAUACACCACGAGAAGCAGAGAGAACAGCUAUGCCAGUCUGCUUGUCUGAGGUCAGUCCCUCGAACCAGCCACACACAGCAGUCCUUUGAUUUCCAUGAAUCAGAGAUGGAAACAGAAGAAGAAGUUGAUAUUUUAAUGAGCAGUGAUAUUUAUUCUGCAACUUUAUCAACCAAAUCUAUUUCUUUCACACGUGCCCAAACUGGAUGGCUUUUUCGGGAAGAUAAAACAGAAAGAGUAGGAAACUUUUUGGCAGACUUUUAUCUGGUGAAUGGACUUGUUCUAGAAUCAAGGAAAAGAAGAGAGCACCUCAGCGAGGAGGACAUUUUGCGGAAUAAGGCCAUCAUGGAAAGCCUGAGCAAAGGCGGGAGCCUGACGGAGCAGAACUUUGAGCCGGUUAGAAGACAGUCCCUUACCCCUCCUCCUCAGAACACUAUUACGUGGGAAGAAUACAUAUCUGCUGAAAAUGGAAAGGCACCACACCUCGGCAGAGAACUGGUGUGCAAAGAGAGCAAGAAAACAUUUAAAGCCACUGUAGCCAUGAGCCAGGAAUUCCCCCUGGGAAUUGAGUCAUUAUUGAAUGUUCUAGAAGUAAUAGCACCCUUCAAGCACUUUAACAAGCUUAGAGAAUUUGUUCAAAUGAAGCUUCCUCCAGGCUUUCCUGUAAAACUAGAUAUACCCGUGUUCCCCACGAUCACAGCCACUGUGACUUUUCAGGAGUUCCGAUGUGAUGAAUUUGAUGGGUCCAUCUUUGCCAUCCCUGAAGACUACAAGGAAGACCCGAGUCGGUUUCCUGACCUUUAACUGAUCUAGAAGAGAAGAGACUCCAGGUGGCAGGGACAGAGCUUCUCUUUAAGCAGAGAGUCGACACAUCAGUGAUGUGAUGAGAAACUGACCUCUAAUAAAACAUCCACAGCUUCCUGAUGUGCCAUUCAUUCAUCUUUUUAAAGUCACCACUUCCUGUCUGUAAUAGUUUGACACCCAGUGACCCUCAAACCUUCCUAUGUAAAGCAGCUGUGAGUGCUGUGAUUUGUUUUUAAAGAUUUUUACACUUCUUGUUGAAAUAUAUAUGCAUAUAAAUAUAUCUAUAGCUAUAUCUAAAACACUCCUGGACCAUUAACAUAAAUUCAGUGUCUUAAGAGAUAUGAAACCCUUUGAAACAUGUCGCCUUUAUCGAGGGUGGCAUGUAUACAUGUUCCUUUAAACUUUGUUUUCAUCAUUAUGUAUAGUUGUACUUGGAUGUUCAGUGAACUAGAAGGAAUGCAGUUUUCUGAGGUGAACAGAACAAUGGUGACCAUCAAAAAGUCGCAUUCACAGUUUGCUGCAAUACAUUCCGAGGGA